UUAAUUCAGCAACAUUAUUGCUCGAUAUGGCUGAUCGCGUUCUCGCGCCUCUUGACACUCUUCGUGAGCGCCUUGACGCUACUCUUGCCAUUCAUGGUAAUGACUUCCUAAAGCUUCUUUCAAGGAUUGAAAGCUAUGGAAAAGGAAUAUUGAAGCCUCAACAAGUAAUAACCGAAUUUGAAGCAAUCUGCAAAGAUAGCCAGAACAAGCCAAAAGAUGGUUUUCUUGAUAGUAUCCUCAAAAGCACACAGGAAGCGGUCGUGUUGCCUCCAUGGGUUGCAUUUGCUAUUCGUUUGAGGCCCGGUGUGUGGGAAUAUGUAAGAGUCAAUGUGAACACCCUUGUUGUUGAGGAACUAACUGUUCCCCAAUAUCUCUCCUUCAAAGAAGAACUCGUUGUUAGCGGAAUCACUAAUGACAACUUUGUACUCGAGUUGGAUUUCCAACCUUUUACUUCGUCUCUCCCAAGCCCAACACUCACCAAGUCUAUUGGAAAUGGGGCUGAGUUUCUUAAUCGACACCUCUCUGCUAAAAUGUUUCAUGACAAAGAUAGUCUGCUACCUCUCCUUGAUUUUCUCCGCAGACACAACUACAAGGGCAAGAAAUUGAUGCUCAAUGACAAGAUCCAAGAUUUAAGUUCUCUCCAAUCUGUGUUGAGAAAAGCCGUGGAGCAUCUAGAAAAAAUAUCUGCAAAUGCUCCAUAUUCUGAGUUUGAACAAAUGUUUCAAGAGAUGGGUUUGGAAAGGGGUUGGGGUGAUAAUGUGGAGCGUGUGAUAGAUAUGAUGCAGAUGUUACUUGAGCUUCUUGAGACUCCUGAUGCUCCCACUCUCGAGAAAUUUCUUGGAAGAAUUCCUAUGGUUUUCAAUGUUGUCAUUUUAUCUCCUCAUGGUUAUUUUGCUCAAGAGAAUGUUUUGGGAUAUCCUGAUACUGGUGGCCAGAUUGUUUACAUUUUGGAUCAAGUUCCUGCGUUGGAGCGUGAAAUGCUUAAGAGGAUCAAGGAACAAGGACUUGAUAUUGUUCCUCGUAUUCUCAUUGUGACGAGGCUCCUCCCUGAUGCAGUAGGUACUACCUGUGGACAACGUCGUGAGAAGGUUUAUGGAGCAGAAAAUUCACAUAUUCUUCGUGUCCCAUUUAGAAAUGGGAAGGAAAUUUUACGCAAAUGGAUCUCUCGUUUUGAAGUUUGGCCCUAUCUUGAGACUUUCACUGAGGAUGUUGCGAAAGAAGUUAGUGCAGAGUUGCAAGCCAAGCCGGAUCUGAUCAUUGGAAACUACAGUGAUGGAAACCUUGUUGCCACCUUGCUUGCUCACAAAUUAGGAGUCACUCAGUGUACUAUUGCGCACGCACUGGAGAAAACAAAGUAUCCAGAUUCUGACAUCUACUGGAAGAACUUUGAAGAAAAGUAUCACUUCUCGUCUCAGUUUACAGCUGAUCUUAUUGCAAUGAAUCAUACUGACUUCAUCAUCACAAGUACUUUUCAAGAAAUUGCUGGAAGCAAGGACAAGGUUGGACAGUAUGAAAGCCAUACAGUUUUCACAAUGCCUGGACUCUACAGGGUGGUCCAUGGGAUAAACGUCUUUGACCCAAAGUUCAACAUUGUUUCACCCGGUGCUGAUAUGGAAAUCUACUAUUCGUAUACUGAGAAAGAAAAGAGAUUGACUGCACUUCACCCUGAAAUUGAGGAGCUUCUCUUUAGUACUGUCGAGAAUGAAGAACAUCUAUGUGUUUUGAAAGACAAGAAUAAGCCCAUUUUGUUCACAAUGGCGAGAUUAGACAACGUGAAGAACUUAACAGGACUGGUGGAAUGGUAUGCCAAGAAUCCACGGCUUCGUGAACUGGUUAACCUUGUUGUUGUUGGUGGAGACAGAAGGAAGGAAUCAAAAGAUAUAGAAGAGCAAGCCCAAAUGAAGAAAAUGUAUUCUCUUAUCAAGGAGUACAAUUUAAAUGGUCAGUUUAGAUGGAUAUCUUCCCAGAUGGAUAGAGUAAGAAAUGGGGAGUUGUAUCGUGUGGUUGCAGACACCAAGGGAGUGUUUAUCCAGCCUGCAUUUUACGAGGCUUUUGGGUUGACUGUAGUGGAAGCCAUGACUAGCGGUUUGCCCACAUUUGCCACACUCCAUGGUGGCCCUGCUGAAAUUAUUGUUCAUGAAAAAUCUGGUUUCCAUAUUGAUCCUUAUCAUGGUGAUCAGGUUACUGAUCUGCUUGUUGAUUUCUUUGAUAAGUGCAAGAAAGAUCCUUCUUAUUGGGACACCAUCUCAAAAGGUGGUCUGCAAAGAAUUCAAGAGAAAUACACAUGGCAGAUAUACUCAGAGAGAUUGUUGACACUUGCUAAUGUCUAUGGAUUCUGGAAGCACAUUUCAAGGGUUGAUCGCCUAGAGAUUAGUCGCUAUCUUGAAAUGUUCUAUGCUCUCAAGUAUAAGCAACUGGCAGAAUCUGUUCCGUUGGCCAUUGAUAAGUAAGUGUUUUUGGCACCGAAGCUGGUCAGAUGACGUUCACUGAAGGAUCUAUGAUUACUGAAUGAAAAUAGCUAUUAUACUGAUAGUGAAAAUAAAGCAAAGGGAAUAUUACUGCUUGCCCUCCACAAGGAAGAAAAGGCCUUGUUUCUUUCAUUAAAUUUCUUGGCAUUAUAAGAAAAACAUAAUUCAUACUUUGGAUAUGAAAGUACCUAAAUCUGUAAAUGAUUUAAUUGAAAUGAUAUCUACAAUUUUUCAUUA